CCUGUGGUCCUUAAAAAGUCAGUCAGUCAGCGGGUCAGUGUCCGGGUAGGUCUACGUGGUGAGGAGUAGGACUUUUGUCGUGCACCUGACACCACCAUGGAUGACUAUCCGAUGUAUGGGUUACCUUUGGCGCCUCCUUUUUCCUCUGGGCUUCUGGCCCACUUUCACGUGUAGAGUAGGAACCCAGGGUGGCACUUCCAACCAACCUUACACGAAGGAGGAGGAGGAGAAGAUGGCCGCCAUCCUGCAGGAGAGAAAGGAGAAGAAGGAGGCCAAGAAGAAGGCGCUGCAGGAGGAGCAGGCGGCAAAGUUGAAGAAGAUAGAGGAGGAGAUGGCUAGAGAAAAAGAGAGGUUGAAGAAGGAAGAAGAGGAGAGGUUGAAAGAGAUGGAAGAGGAAGAAGAAGAUGAAACGCCACUGCAAAGGAGGAAGGGGCAGCACAGUGGCCGCAAGGAUGAAGAGAUGGAGAAAGGGAUUUCGGAGUGGGUUGCCAACUUAUCCCUGGGCGAAGAAGAAGAGGUAACUAUGUACAUCCCCAAGGAUGAGCAAGAAGCCGCUAUGAAGAAAUGGGAAGAAGAAGAAGAUGUUCUGAAGCGGCAGGCGAUGCAAGAUGAAACGAGGAUGGUGUGGAAACUCGCAAUGAUGAGGGAGAAAAAAAGAAGAGUGGAGACAUCAAGUGCAGCAAUGCAGGAAUUGGCGGAGGUACGGACUUUAACUACUCAGUUGACCACCCAGGUAGACCUCCAACAAAAGGUACAGAUCAUCGCCCAGAGCGUCAAGCGUUUAGCCAGAGUGCAAGAACAACAAUAUGAGUUUAGCCGAAGCCAGGAUAUAGUUGUGCGUUCCAUGCGGAUGGGGUUCCGAGACUUUGCUCGCGAAUUGGUAGUUGUAGGAGCCGAGGUGAAUCAUCGCCUUGCGUCGGCACCAUUGAGGGCGUCAAGGUGGCAGCUCCCAAGGAGGAAGAGCCGCGUCCUGGUAGGGAGCCGGUCAAAGUCAAAUUCCUUGAUUCCUAAAGUGGGAAAAGGGAAGAAAACUUUGAAGACUGGGAGGCCAACGUCAAGACCUACGUGCACCUACAAUAGGUCUCCCCAGAUCAGCACGUGUUAAUUGCCAUUCAUGCACUUAGAGAUGAGGCCUUCAGUUUCGCAAGGUCCCUAGUCCGCGCUGCCAACUGCAA